CCUAGAGCGAAGGGGCCUCGACCAAGCGACUGCCAUUGUCACUCAGCGAUAUACUUCUUGAACUUAUGUGACAUUAGACUCCUUAUAUGGAAAACUGCCAUAGAAACUCAACAGUUUUAAUACGAAUGUCAGAGUUCAAAACAUACAGAGCGCUACUCUAGGCCACCCACUCCCGGCGAUGUAGAAUCACUCCGCGAGAACCUAGUCACACAGACGUCUCACCAUCUCCUCUCUUUAGAAUACGUUUAUAUUUACGAUCCAACACAUGUUAAAGGUUGUGUGUGGACAUCUCUGGUUAUUAUGAGGACGACCUAAUCAAAUGUGUUUCGGUAGUGUGUUGUAAGGGAACUCUAUUGGCCAUCUGGAGUCAACUAUUGCAAUGACAUCGCUUCUGCUAUAAAAGUUUUGUAUUUUUCCGCAUCUGGAGGAUAACCUUUGAUACAAAACACUAUACACUCGAAGUCGUGCAUGUAAAUAUUUUUCCUGUAUGAUGGCAUUAAACCCGACACCUCCAAAUGCUGUCAAUACGUGGCCAAGAGAUCCUGUUGAGGACAUCGGGGCAACCACCCCGACAGCCGUGGCACCCCCGAGUGCCCCGCCCCCACAACCGACCCCCACAGCUGUUACCCCGACCCAGGGGCAACCGGCACCUACCACGGUCAUUGCUGCCCAGCCCACCACGAAUGGCACCCCUAAUGGAGUGGGUUCACCGGACAAUAAACAACAAACCAUAGAGUGUGUAGUCUGUGGGGACAAAAGUUCCGGGAAACACUAUGGACAGUUCACAUGUGAGGGGUGCAAAAGUUUCUUCAAACGGUCCGUGAGGCGAAAUUUAACUUACACAUGUCGCGGGAGCCGGCAAUGCCCGAUCGACCAGCACCAUCGAAAUCAGUGUCAAUAUUGUCGACUCAAAAAAUGUCUUAAAAUGGGAAUGCGAAGAGAAGCUGUUCAAAGAGGCAGAGUUCCACCAACCCAGCAUCCUUUCCCUGGACAAGUCACGUGGGCUAACGGGGACCCAUUAAACGGACACACAUACCUUUCAAGUUUCAUUUCCAUGCUACUAAGAGCCGAACCAUAUCCAACAUCUCGUUAUGGACAAUGUAUGCAACCCAAUAACAUUAUGGGCAUCGAAAAUAUAUGUGAAUUAGCAGCAAGGUUGUUGUUUAGUGCGGUAGAAUGGGCGAGGAAUAUUCCUUUUUUCCCGGAAUUGCAAAUUACAGACCAAGUAGCCUUGCUCCGAGUGAGUUGGAGUGAGCUAUUUGUCCUGAAUGCUGCCCAGUGCUCUAUGCCUCUCCAUGUGGCGCCUCUUCUGGCGGCUGCUGGCCUCCACGCAAGUCCAAUGGCUGCAGAUCGCGUUGUAGCUUUCAUGGACCACAUUCGAAUUUUUCAGGAACAAGUGGAGAAGUUGAAGACUCUACAUGUGGAUUCCGCCGAGUACAGCUGUCUUAAAGCCAUAGUUUUAUUUAGUUCAGAUAGAAAACCUGAACCAGUUCCGUCCCAAAGACCCGCGGUCAACGGAUACAAUUCACUUUUUUCAGACGCCUGCGGGCUCUCGGACGCUACACACAUAGAAAACAUACAAGAGAAAUCUCAGUGCGCGCUGGAGGAGUACGUCAGGAGUCAAUACCCCAACCAACCCACGCGGUUCGGCAAACUUCUCCUGAGGCUUCCGUCGCUCCGGACGGUCAGUGCGCAAGUCAUAGAGCAACUGUUCUUCGUCCGUUUGGUCGGGAAAACUCCGAUUGAAACACUCAUCAGAGACAUGCUUUUAAGUGGAGGUUCAUUCAAUUGGUCUUAUAUGACUAUACAGUGACUAGCCGAAAAUCGAAUGAUAGGGCACUAUUGAUUACUACUCACACCCAGUCUUUCCAAAACUUGAAACCCCCCUUUCCCUCUUCAUUUCUCAAAGGUUUGUACAAAAAAGUCAUAAUAGUUUACAGAAUAUUGUUAAAAAGAUAUUUUAUAUAUUUUGUUGAUAGUUAUGUAUUUUCUUUUUAUGUUUAGAUUGUUGUUAUAAUAGUGUUAAAAUCAAAGACGCAUUUUUCUUCUGCGCAGAAAAGACCUAGUUUUCCAACAAAUUUUCGUUAAAGACCGCACGCAUUUAUUAUUAGAAAUGUCCAUUCAUUUUCUUCUGUUUCGUUUACUUAGAAACAUGGGUUGUGCCCCUUUUGCUUAAAGCCUUGAUGUCAUCAAAUUCAGUCGAACUUGGUAUGCAGGUUCUAAAAAUUUUCCAAUGUGUCAAGCAGGCAGCUGAUUUAAUGACCAUUAAUUAGAAAAUAAAACACCACGACUAAUUUUUAGUCUCGUUUCACUUCUCCUCUGCUCUGAGCCAUGAAUCCCGAGAGGCGCUAAAGUCGUCAUGUAAAGGAACGAAGGGCAGAGAACCCAUGCUUCAGUCUCGCUGUGCAUUUGUUUUCUCCCGCAAUCGAAAGUGAAAUUAUUAUUAUUUUUUUUUUGCGAUACCAAAAUGCCAUGAUAUAAUCAAGGCUUCAUCAAGGUUGAAAGACCUUUAAAAUUUCUACAUUUGUUGUGUAUCUUGCCCCUUUUUUGAGUCGUGCCAUGUAUAGCCCUUUAGCUGAAUGUACGAAGUAACAUUCCAGACAUAAUCAAAAUCAUGUAAGUGGUGCGCAUGAUUAUCAAGAUAAUACUAUAGCAAUACUUUUUGUACAUGUAUUCUUAACAAGUUAAAAACUACAACAGUUUUUUUUUUUAAAUAUUUUGUUGCUUCACUUUUUGUAAAUGUAAAAUGCAUGCGUUAUAAUCAAAACAUGUUCCUGUGGUUAGCGGCGAUUCACCGUUGCAUGGAAUUAAAAACAUCAUUCUUGUAACCCCAUUUUGUUCAGUGAACCUUCGCAAAAUCAACCGUGGAGUGAAAACUGCAAUUUGGUUGAUUUGAAGUAAAAUAUUACCUUUUCCCCUUUUUGCUGCAAUUCAUGUUUUCAUUCAUUUGGUUAUAAACCGUUUAUCAUUUUUACAUCGACUCCAUUUUUAUACCCAGCUAAAACUUUUCUCAUAUGACAUUCCACCAAUUGUAUAUAUAUAUACUAGAUAGAUUUUACAGUAAAAAUUAUUACAAAUCUGCAAUCUGUAGUAAUUUCAAUUGCUCUCCCAAUGUAGUUGACUAUUCAUCCGUUUUGUUUUAUUUCUCCCUAAUCUUUAAGCAUUAGUUUCCCAUUUCCGCUUUCACAUUUGUAAAAUGUUUAAUUUGCAAUCAAAUCAGAGCAUAAUUGUUUGAUUAGCCCCUUUGAUCGCUUGUGCAUUUUAUUAAAUAAAUCAUCCAAACCCCUACGAAUUUAGGGGAGUUGCUAUGUCAUAACAGUAUAUGUUACAGAGGCCAAAGAGAAAUCACCCCUUACACUGUGCAUAGAGCAGUCUUUUAGUAUUAUAUACAAGUUUUUUUUAUUAUUAUUAUAAAUGUACAUUUUUGUCCAUGUUUAUUCAUUUGUAGAUUAAAACUUACGUGUCUCGAUAUAUAUAUGGGGUCAUCAGCUGGUGUGCAAUCAUUAACUUACUUUACAACAAAAAGCUUGAUGGUGGCCUCAGGGUCGCUGGGGGAGGGGUAGGGGCUAGGACAUGCUUUAGCCAUAUUUCUCUUUUAUCUUUUUGAUUAGCUCAUUUUGUUCACCCAAAGUUUACUGAACAGAGAACUUAUGAAGUUCUCUUUUUGUUUUUCUAGUCUUUUGAAACCAGUGCAAAUUUCUCCCAAUGCCACGAAUACCAAAAUGAUAAAUAUCAUUUAUCCAACGAAAACGAUAAUAAUGAUUUUAAGCAAUUGAUUUUUUUUUAAAUAAUUUGUUUGCUUCUACAUAUGAAUGCUUCUGUAUUUUUAAGUGAAUGGUAUCAUAGAAUGAUUUACUUUUCAAAAUAUGCCAAAGGAAAGCUUUCGCCAUAAUAUUUUUUUUUUGCUUUUGUACGAGAGCCAUUUAUCACUAAGUGUUUUGUUUUAAUUAUUAUUAUUAUUAUUACUAUUAUAUAUAACAAAAACCUUAUCACAAAUAUACUAUACCGAGUUGUGAAUGACUGACGUCACAUGUACAUUAAUCCUGUAAACGAGCUGUUACGGUUUUUUUUUUAUUGUUGACAGUCUGUUCAAAAGAAACUCUUACAAUGAUCCGUUGUAUAUUACGCACAUUACAAAAAAUGAACUCUACCUAGUCUGCAUGGUAGGACUUCAAAUAUCCGGUUCAAUGGCGCUAUGGCGCGGCGACCAUCGUAGGAGUUUCGUUAUGUAUGUUCUAAUUCCAGCGACUGAUUUUUAUGACUGUACUAUUCUGUGUUGUGCUACAAAGUGUCCAAGACACUGUCUUCUGUCCAUGGCUUAUGAAAUAUUAAAAGUGUUGUAAAACGACCA